AUGACGAGCCUUAAAUCAAGACCUCAGCUGGAAGAAUUACACGGCAUUGGGCCUUCGGUUCCUAAUCGCAGAGACGCGUCAAUAUCGGGUCCAAAUAAAUCAUGGAAUAAAAAACCCACCCCAAUUUCUGUUCCAGGUGCUUCAUCAUCUUCUCGUGGCUACAAUCCAUUUUCGGGCAGUCGCUUGCAGGAUAAUCUUCAUGGCAGCAAUAAGCCACAGAAUUGGUCCACUGCAAGGACAGGAAUAAUGUCGAAUAGCAACAGCGCCCCCCGACCGAUGAAACGACGGAAGAUCACUGAUUCAAAUCCUGCCAAGCCUCGUAAUUCAAGGUCCAAUUUACCUCUCAUAGCUCCAGAAGACGAUGCUGAGGUCAUCAUAUUGGAGCAUGACAGUUCUGAAGACGUCGGUCAACGAAUAGCUCAGCCUUCUAGUGACGAACUGAAUGUUCUACCGCGGAUGCCAAGUGUGAAGAAGCCAGAAAAGUAUGCCCUUGAUGAAGACAGACCGAUGCCAAAUUCCGGGAUAGAAUUUCUCAAGAACAAGCACGGCCGAUCUACGAGUCCUAUCGAGUCAUUUGACUCUCCUGUCCCUGCACCUAGAAAGUCAGGAAUAGUGAAAGACAUGGUCAGUCAGAUUGAGAAGAGGAACGAGCAAGUCCAACACCCGGAUAAGGUUCCUCAUUUAGAUCUAAGGGCCAAGUUGAGGAUGAAAACGAAGAAUAAUACCAAAGGACGAGUCCCACCUCAAAGAGCAUCAGAUGCCCCGUUCAAUCCUACACUUCCCGCCAGGGAAACAAAUAAAGAGAUCGAGUGGAUGUUACCUCUGAAGGACUAUAUGCUUGGUACGGAGCAUGUCGAGGAGAAAUGCACUAUCCAUUGUAACAAGAAGAAGGGCACUUUCGAGCUUAGAAACGGUCGCCUGUCGUCAAAGUCAAAGACUUUCAGAAUUGACCGUGAUGUUUAUCAAUUUCAGGGCAUGGAACGGGAGAGGGAACAUCCCGUUUUUACCCUUCGAUCAACGUCUGAUGAAAAGGCAAAGGCGAGCGUAAAUAAAAAGGCGCCAUUUAUUCCUGGCGAUAAUGGGCGAAAGGGCCAAAUAUGUGUAAGGUUCGACAAGGGGCAUCCUAAAUGGCAUGGGGCCUCGUUCGAUACCAUGUUGGCGUGGUUUCAGGCAAACAUCCAAGACAGUAGUAUUGUUAGACAUGAAAAUGCUCUAUGGAACGCUGCCUGUGCGAUUGAAACAGACCCAGUCGAUGUCGACGCUACACGAGAUAGCUGGUCACCACCUCCGGUAGAAGUUGUUUCUUCAGCAUCAACCUCGCAUAAGUCAGAGUCAGGUCAACGUAGUACACGCCAACCUCGUGUAAAUGGAAAGGCCAAGUCCAGUAGCGUUGUAGUCAAUGAACCAACUCAAGAAUCGAUCAGGAUAUCCGCACCGCGCCGUUCGACUCGUCACUCCGACACGUCACCCAAACCUCCAGAAGAAGAGCCUGAUGAGCUAAUUCUGGUGUAUCCGUGGGGGACGACGGGGGGAGUUAACCUUAGCAAAAGUGAUCUCAACCGACUGAGGCCAAGCGAAUACCUCAACGAUAACCUGAUAGAACUUGGACUGAAGAUGUGGCACUCCAGACUGGAGAAAGAAAAUCCAGAACUCGCAAACGAUAUCUAUGUGUUUAGCUCUUUCUUCUACAAGAAGCUAAGCAUAAAGAACAGCGACGAAGGUUAUAAUGCUGUGCGUCGCUGGACUUCCAAGACCGAUAUCUUCGCGAAGAAAUACAUAAUAGUGCCCAUUAACGAGAAUUUUCACUGGUACCUUGCGAUUAUCUAUCAACCUGAGCACAUUCUUUUGCCUCCUCUUGAAAUGCCGUCUCCAGCAACGCGUGGCCGAACACGACAAUCAAAUGUAACUUCGGCCUCCCCUGCAGUGGAUCCACUUCGAGAGAACUCUCCUGAAGCUACUCUCAAUGACAGUCCUGUCUCUGCCAAUGUUUUCUCCAGCGAAGCACAGGAGGCGCAUGAUGUAGAAGAACUUCUGCGUCUAUCUCAUUCAUGCACCAUCGAGGAAGAUGAGUCAGCCACUGACGUACAUGAUGUGGACAUGCACGAACCGCCGGAUGACGAUGCCAAUAUGGAUGUCGAUGAAGAAAUACCCGCAGAGUUUCGGCGCAGAUCUCUUUCACUCACGGCUGACGACCGUCCACAGGAGCGGUCCAGUGAUUUCAUACCCGAGGACGAAAACGUCCGAUCCGACGAAGCACAAGUAGCAGCCUCCGGGAGUGAGUCUCAAAUCUUGUCACCCAGAUUUGAAGGAGAGAAGUCGGAUGUAAUCGAUCUUGACACUGUCCACUCCUUAUUCAGUGACAACGAGAAUGUGGAGUCUGUCUCUGCCCAGGUCGAAGAGUCUGUCUCCUGCCCUGGGGGGAUACCACCAUCACGGUUCUACGCGUCGUCUGACAAAAAGGGCAAACGAAAGGCGGAACCACAGUCAGAUCCUGUCGUCAUCGCUGAGGAUGCGCAGAGCCCUCGGAAAGGGAAACUGAAGACCUACGCUACGCGAAAGCGUAAGGCCGAGGACGAUGCUGAUACGCACACGGAAGUUCCCGAUGAUGAUGAAGUGGUGGUAGUUGACGACCGGCCUUCGACAUAUAUAUUUACGAUGGACUCUCUCGGUUCUCGUCAUCCUAGAGUAAUUACUGUGCUAGGGAAUUACCUCCGACUAGAAGCGAUAGACAAGAAAGGGAUUGAAAAUUCAAGCAAACCGAUUGGGAAGCAGGCAUUGGUACCCGUACAGCCCAAUUUUUGCGACUGCGGUAUCUAUCUUAUCCACUUUGCACAAACUUUCAUGUCCGAUCCUGCGCGAUACUGUAGUAUCAUCACAGCUCCUAAGGGGAAGGAUAACUUGCAAAAGGAUCGCAAGGUGGUGUGGAAAGCUGAGGAUAUUGGUGGUAUGAGGGAAAACCUUAGGGACCAGCUGUUGGAGCUGUCAAAGGAAUGGCGCGCAUGGAAGGGUAAGGAGAAGGAAAAGGAAAGGGACGACAUAACGAUGAUCGAGUCGUCCGAUAGUGAAGUGGAUAUCGUCGAAGUUGAGACGACGCCUGCUCCUGCGGCGGUAGGACAGACUAAGGGCAAGGCCCGCGGAGGCGGGAAAGGAGGCAAACGCAAGGCUAACUGGUAA